AUGGGGACAACACCUCCUUCACCAUCGCAUGUUGUUAUAGCAUUGGAUGCAACAAAAGAUUAUAACGAACGAGAGCUGCGAAUUGCCAUACAAAAUAUAUUAGUAAGAGGUGACAUUCUACGUGUUGGUGAUACGCUUCUUAUGCUUGGAGUUUUGCAUAGAUUCACUCACCCAAGUAAGUGCAAUUUCUUCUUCAUUCACUAUUGCUACCUACUACUACAAACAAGUACUGCUCAAGCAAAGCAAUCGCGAUCCCCAUCAAUUUUUGUUGUACCUAUAUCUAUUCACUUUAGUUGGUGGAUAAAACGUUUUACAACAUGUCUACUCACCCUGUUGUUGUCUUUAAUGUUCCCUUGUCUCCUGUUCUCCUCUCUGGGUUGGUGCACUGCAGUGGGUUACCAGAGCAAAGCAUGUCCUGAAUCUUUUGGAACAAGCAUCCGCGCCAUGAAGGAAGAAAUCUCAAAGAAGGUUGAUGCAUAUGUUAAUAUGCUCCAACAAAGUGCUGAAGAUUGUGAAGACCAAGGGGUAAACAUUGAAGUUAAAAUUACAGCUGGAUUUCCCAUAAAGAAUGUCAUUAUACAAGAGGUGCAAACCUAUAAUGCAGCAUGGGUUUUCCUUGAUAGGCAUUUUAGACGGGAUUUGAAGUUAUAUGUUAAACAGAUACCUUGUAAGGUUGCAUUAGUUGAUGAUAGCUUGAACGUGGAAGUUUUGAGGAAUCAUACUCUAAGUCAAACAGAUGUGGUAGGACAGAAACCUUCAUAUCCUUCCGUGUCCAAGCCAGUGCCACAGUUUGGUGAAAAUAUCGAGCAGUCAGAAAUCUCUGUUAGAAGCUACUCCUGGACCCCGAUUUCAAUUGAAAACUCCAGUAGUGGCCACUUGAUGCCUUCGUUUACAUUAAAAUCAGAGGAGCAGAACUUCUCAUCUUCUAAGCUGGAAAAAUCAGAUACACAUUCAAGAGGAGAAAAUAAGCAACCUACUAUGACCUUUUUCCAAAGGAAAAGAAGAAGUUGCUGCCAUACUAAAAGCUCAGGAGCACCUCUUCUUUGUGCUGCUUGUGGGCUAAGGACUGAAAUGUACAUCCAAGAUUCUAAGAAAUUCACUUAUUCAGUGAUUCAACAAGCCACCAAUGAUUUUUCCAUGGAGAACUUGCUUGGAGAAGGUGGAUACGGCCGUGUAUAUAAAGGUAAGCUUAAAGAUGGACAGCUCAUUGCGGCAAAGGUUAGGAAACAGGAAAGCACCCAAGGAUUUACUGAAUUUAAUUCUGAGGUAUCUGUCUUAAGUUUCGCUCGACAUAAGAAUAUUGUGAUGCUGCUGGGUUAUUUUUGCAAGGACAAACUCAACAUUUUGGUAUAUGAGUAUAUAUGCAACAAGUCUCUUCAUUGGCAUUUAUUUGAUAAUACAGAAAAUGUUCUUGACUGGCACCAAAGACGUGCUAUUGCAAUCGGCACUGCAAAGGGCUUGCGUUUUCUUCAUGAAGAAUGCCGUGGGGGUCCUAUUAUUCAUAGGGACAUGCGUCCAAGCAAUAUACUUCUCACACAUGACUUAGUUCCAAUGCUAGGUGACUUUGGUCUUGCCAGAAGGAAAAUAGAUGAAGAUACUCUACAGACAACAGUACUUGGAACACUAGGAUACCUUGCACCAGAGUAUGCGGAGAACGGAUUUGUUUCAGUGAGGACAGACGUUUAUGCGUUUGGGAUAGUUCUGCUACAACUAAUGUCAGGGCGCAAAGUAAUUGAUCUGGAAAGUAAAGGACAACACGUAUCUCUGCGACAGUGGGCAAAACCGUUGAUCAAAAAGCUUGCACUACACGAGCUCAUUGAUCCUCGAAUCGGAGAGUCAUAUGACAGUUAUCAACUAUACCUCAUGGCUAAAACAGCUUACUUAUGUGUGCAAAGAAGCCCUGAAAUGAGGCCAUCAAUGGGGGAGGUUUUGCGGCUUCUCGAAGGAGAGAGCGAUCAUUUCCAUCGCUUGAAGGACAAGAUUGGGCCUCAUUAUACAAAGCGAUGAACAACAACUACACCCAAUCAAGAUUUCAAAGCAUGUCCGUCAUUGUCAACAUGAGAAUGCUGAUUUGAUUAAUGGGUAGAAGUAGUAGUUGAAAUUUGUAAAUGUAUAUACAAACAUAUUUGUUUAUAUUAUAUGAGAGUGAGACAUUGACUGGAACAAAGGCUAAAAAUCAUAACUGAUGGAACACUCUAGUUAGUGCUGGGGAUUACCACAUGUUGGCAUGCACCAAGUUUUAAAGCAUUUGUGAAUCUGAUUUGGCCCACACAGAUUAUGAUUUAGACAUGUAACCAAAGACUCAAGUAUGUUUUGUUUCUCUUCCUCUCCUUGAAGAAGUGGGGUUUUUCUAAGGGGAGUCUUUGCCCUUUCUCUUGGCCUGCCCCCUUCGUUUCUUUUUCUUUUUGCGCUCCUAUGCUUUGUCUGUGUUGCUUGCCUAUAUGGAUCUAAGCGGGUGUCCGCCUGGCGUAGAAACAAGGACCACAAGAAGUUUGAGCCAUGGCCUCCUCCGCUGUUAUUGACAAGUUUGAAGUAAUAGUGUAGUCUUAACCUUUCUGUCCCAAGAAAAAAAAAGUGCAAAGGCCUAAAAGUUGUUGCGACUCUAGCCAUGAAUAGAUCCUACGUGUUGUUGUUUUGGCCUAGAGGGUUGCAUGCAAUUCUGGUUUUAUUCGGGUUAAGCUGUAUUUAGAAGAUUGUUACAAGGCCUGCAAAGGUGAGGGAGGGUUCACUCCAGGGAGUUGCUGCUAUGGCUUCUCCUGUCAAGGUUUGGAUACUGAUCCCACUAUUUUUUUUGUCUCAUUACUGUGCGUUUGUUUUGUUUGGAUACCUUCCUUAGCUGUGCGGGCUUAAGAUUUCGUAUUUUGUUGGUCCUUUCAAGCUUAUAUUUUGUUGUGGCAAUUGCUCAGGGGUUCAUCCUUUCGGAUAAAUAAGUUGAAACGACUAAACUCAAUCCAAUUAAUAAGUUCGAACCCCUGGAUUGUCUAGUCAUAAACCCUUGGCUGUUUUUGUUUUUGUAUUUUUACACUCAUGUA